AUGCUGCAUUUAACCCGUUUCGCAGCAAGCACUGUUGUCGGCGGCCUUAGCAUGCUUGUUCUCAAGAAACCGAAUGUUCUCAGUGUGUUAACACUGCAUGCAGCAGAUAACAAAGAACCAUGCUAUGUGGGAGAUGUCAUAAAGAGAAGAGUUGGAUUUCCCCAGCCAACAGCAUGCUGCAAACCACUGCGAUUCAAGGAUUUCAUCAUUUCAUAUGAUUCAAAGAACAGAAUUCCUAACUGGGUUUACGAGCAUCUACAGUAUGACAAACUGUUCAAGGAUGAUCCAUGUGACCGACGUGUCAAAGUUGAAAGAACACAAUGUGCAAGUAACGAAGACAAGGAGAAGCCGAAGUUUACACCAGAUUGUCGUAUCCAUGGUUACCAUCGGGCAGACGCCAAAGAUUACUGCGAUACCGAGUACGAAAUGGGUUUGAUGGCCCAGCCAGAGAAUUAUCCUUAUGAUCCUGAAUCUUUCUGUGAAUGUUUCACCAUGACCAAUAUCGUCCCCCAAGUUCCUGGAUUCAACUGUGGAGCGUGGUUUGAUUUAGAAUGUUACAUACGGGAGCAGCUUGUUCGUGCAUCUAAAGGGGUCUACGUCUGCUCUGGGCCAUUGUUCCUUCCAAUAGUUGAAGAUGAUAAGACCAUCAAGCAAUACGAUGUUCUUGGUGACGGGGAGGUCUCCGUGCCUACACACUUUUUCAAGGUAAUCGUAAUCGAAACAAACGAUGGUCAACUAGAGCUGGAGUCCUACAUGAUGCCCAACUCGUCUCCAGAGGAAGGCGAAGAAAUUAAUCUGGAAAACUUUCUGACGCCGUUGUGCCAGAUUGAACACCAUUCGGGUCUGAUAUUCUUCCCUGAGAAGAAAUGCUUCAGUAGUAAUAACAAGAGGAGAGGCGCCAGGCUGCAUGCUCUGUAA